AAAGAAAGGGCCAGUGUUACUUCGGUUUGUCGAAACUCUCUCACACAACCAACCUUGUAAUCAUAACACAGCCAGAUAACCAUAGCUAAAGUGUAUUAGUAGCUAAAGAAGUUAUGGCCACGGAUAUUAUUCCACUUCUACCUAGCCAGAACGAUAUUGGGCAUCAUGGGCAAAAACUUUUUAGCAUUGUUAAUGAAUUCGGGCAAGAAUCAAAGAGGUUAUGGAAGCUUGCAGGGCCAGCAAUUCUUACUACCAUAUGUCAAAACUCGCUUGGUGCACUCACUCAAACCUUUGCGGGUCUCGUCAAUGAGGUUGAUCUUGCUGCUGUUUCUGUUGAGAAUUCUGUUAUUGCUGGUCUAGCAUUUGGGGUCAUGUUGGGAAUGGGGAGUGCAUUGGAGACACUAUGUGGGCAAGCAUAUGGCGCUGGAAAGCUGAGAAUGUUGGGCAGAUACAUGCAGAGAUCAUGGAUCAUUCUCUUGACAACGGCUUGCUUAAUGAUACCAAUUUAUGUUUGGUCUCCUCCCAUGUUAGAGCUCUUUGGAGAGACGACUCAGAUAUCUGAAGCUGCUGGGAAAUUUGCUCGGUGUAUGCUUCCACAAUUGUUUGCUUAUGCAAUUAAUUUUCCCAUUCAAAAGUUCUUGCAAGCACAGGGGAAAGUCAUGGCCACGGCCUGGGUAUCAGCUGUGGUACUGGCGUUACACCUUCUGCCAUGACUUAAACUAACUCUUUCCUAAGUUUUCCGAACCAAUUCAGAACUGAUGCAG